AUGAAAGGCCACGAUGCUGAAGCCCGAGACUAUGGGCCAAGAGAAGAUGACACUACCUCACGUGGUGUCGUGGAUGAAGAAGCCCAACCCCUGAAUCUAGAAGGGUUCGAGAUUGACGAGACGAAUUCGGGAUCAGCUCAGCAGCACAAUGCUUCAAUUCGUACUAAAAGGUUUAUUUGGCAAAAUGUUAUUCGUUGGAUCCAAGGACCACAGAAACCACAAAUACAGGUUGUCAGUCCGUGGAUGCCGAGGAUCCAGCAAUACCCUGUCCAAUGGCUCGAUCAGACCUUUCCGUCUCAGCGGAGCAAAACGGCUCUAUUGCUAUCAUUAUGCAUUUGCUGGCUAGGGGUUUUUGGAUCACUCCUCACUAUCAGUACCUCUACCGGAAAGAUACAAGGAUCUAACGAGACCAUCCAAUACCUUCAUUGUACAGAUACUUUUUGGCAUGCCAAGAAUGGGUGCGGACUUGAUGGAAAUGAAUGCCAGCCGUUCAAUGGCAGUUCCUUUGCUUUCCGGUGCCCUGCAAAUUGUGCGGGCGUUCAACUUUUGAAUCCUCGUACCAUAGGAGACCAAGAGAUUAAUUAUCGGGCCCUAGUAGUAGGAGGCCCAGUCUACCGCGGAGACUCGUUCAUUUGUGGUGCUGCAAUCCAUGCUGGCGUUGUCGGUGACUUCGACGGUGGUUGUGGAGUUGUCUCUAAAAUUGGAAAGCAUGAUGGCUUUCUCAGCACAACGCAGAAUGGGAUAUCUAGUGUUGGAUUCGAUUCGUAUUUCCCAGUAUCCUUCACGUUCUCAACAGACAAGGUUUCAUGCAGAGUAAAGGACUUGCGAUGGAUUAUCCUAGCUGUCUCCAUUGUCUUCACCACCGUUAUAUCCGUUUUCACAGCUUUACCAAUGAUUCACUUUGCCACUCUGUUCAUCAUCAUCUUCGCCCACGUCAGUCUCGUCUCGGAUCCAUCCGGAAUAUCAUAUCACUCACAGUCUGUACUUGCCGAUCUGUUUUCGAAUUUCGUUGGGAGAUUCCUACCGGCUGCAUUCUGCGCCGUAGUCAUUUACAUGAUUUGCGUCAAGCGUACUCUUUUAGACUUGACAGCACCUGUCGAGAAAACGAUUCUAUGGCUAGGAGGCUGCUGGUUUGGAGCGCUCUCAAACUACACAUUUGAAUGGAUACCUAUCUCACGUCUCACGUCACAUGAUCUAGAACAGCAACCUGGAGCCAAACUCGCAUUAGCAAUCAUUAUCCUCAUCAUUGUGCUCAUUAUAGCUCAACAGAUCUACUACUUCCGUCUCGAAGGGCGUCUGCCUCGAUAUCUGGCCCUCUAUGGGAUAUUUAUCGCUGCUAUUCUGGUUAGUUUAGCGCUUCCAGGCCUAAACUUACGCAUUCAUCAUUAUAUUUUAGCUCUGCUCUUACUGCCGGGCACGAGUAUGCAGACUCGUCCCUCAUUGCUCUACCAAGGACUGCUUGUUGGACUAUUCAUUAAUGGAAUUGCCCGCUGGGGAUUCGACCCUGUUCUCCAAACGGCUGGUGCACUCCGAGGUGAUGGGGCCUUCGGUUCACUCCUGCCCAAUAUAACGGCUCCUCUGAUUUCACUGGAUGCACCAACGUCCAACAUCACAUUUGACUUGGCUUCGCCGCCAAUACCUAAUCCAUACGAUGGGAUCAGCGUUCUCGUUAACGACGUCGAGCGGCACAGAAGCUAUUUCGGUGAGAGCACGAGUACAGGUGAUACUUUCACAUGGGAAAGGACGGCGCUUGGGAUGCUUGAGUAUUUUAGAUUUGGUUAUUUGAAGGAAGAUAAUGGCUUGGAUUAUACUAAUGCUGGGAUUUGGAAUGCGAAUGGGACUUGGACGCAGAUGGCGCCCAAAAAAGAAUCAAGAUGA